CCGCGCGGCUCGGGGCGGCGCUGAGGCGGGCGGGCGCUGAGGCGGCCGUUUCCUGUCCUGGUGCAUGGUGGUCGGACGGAGGAAUUGUUGGAAAAUUUCUCGGCGAGUGUGUGAUCCUGAACUUCUUGCUGGCACUGGAGUUGCUGAUAGACUGAAAGCCCUGCUGUUGUUAUGGGUGACCAUGAGUGAAUCGUCAGCUUCAUUUUAAUUUUGGGGACAAAAAGGCAGACAAUGUUACUAGCUCAGAUAAACCGAGACUCUCAGGGAAUGACUGAAUUUUCUGGAGGAGGAAUGGAGGCCCAGCAUGUGACUCUGUGUCUGACAGAAGCUGUAGCCGUGCAAGAUGGUGACAACUUAGAAAACAUGGAAGGUGUAAGUUUGCAAGCAGUUACCCUGGCUGAUGGCUCCACUGCAUACAUACAGCACAAUUCUAAAGAUGGUAAAUUAAUGGAUGGCCAAGUGAUUCAACUAGAAGAUGGUUCUGCAGCCUAUGUUCAACAUGUACCCAUGACUAAAAGUAGGGACAGCUUGCGUUUGGAAGAUGGACAAGCAGUUCAGCUGGAGGAUGGAACUACAGCAUUCAUUCAUCACACCUCCAAAGACAGUUAUGAUCAGAGUGCGUUACAAGCAGUCCAGCUGGAGGAUGGCACUACUGCCUACAUUCACCACGCCGUGCAGAUGCCACAGUCAGAUACCAUUUUAGCCAUUCAAGCUGAUGGCACAGUGGCUGGUCUUCACACGGGAGAUGCUGCCAUUGACCCAGAUACCAUCACUGCUUUGGAGCAAUAUGCAGCUAAGGUGUCUAUUGAUGGAAAUGACAGUGUCAGUAGCACGGGAAUGAUAGGCGAAAAUGAACAAGAAAAAAAAAUGCAGAUUGUCUUGCAGGGACAUGGAACAAGAGUGGCUGCAAAGUCUCAGCAGAGUGGAGAGAAAGCAUUUCGCUGUGAUUAUGAUGGCUGUGGAAAACUGUACACAACAGCUCACCAUCUUAAGGUACACGAAAGGUCACACACAGGAGACAGACCAUAUCAGUGUGAACAUCCUGGAUGUGGUAAAGCUUUUGCAACAGGGUAUGGAUUAAAAAGUCAUAUCCGAACACACACUGGUGAAAAGCCGUAUCGGUGCACAGAAGAAAACUGCACCAAGUCAUUCAAGACUUCAGGAGACCUACAGAAACACAUCCGAACCCACACAGGCGAAAGGCCCUUUAAGUGUCCUUUUGAAGGCUGUGGCAGGUCGUUCACAACAUCUAAUAUUAGAAAGGUUCACAUCAGGACACAUACAGGUGAAAGACCUUAUUACUGCACAGAGCCAGGAUGUGGGAGAGCUUUUGCCAGUGCAACUAAUUAUAAGAAUCAUGUGAGAAUACACACAGGGGAGAAGCCCUAUGUCUGUACAGUUCCUGGUUGUGAUAAACGUUUUACAGAGUAUUCCAGUUUAUACAAACAUCAUGUUGUACAUACUCAUUCCAAACCAUACAAUUGCAAUCACUGUGGAAAGACAUACAAGCAGAUUUCUACACUUGCUAUGCACAAGCGGACGGCACAUAAUGACACAGAGCCCAUUGAAGAGGAACAAGAGGCUUUUUUUGAGCCACCUCCAGGUCAAGGGGAAGAUGUCCUGAAAGGCUCGCAAAUAGCCUAUGUGACAGGUGUAGAGGGAGAGGACGUCAUCUCUGCACAAGUUGCUACAGUUACUCAGUCAGGGUUAGGUCAACAAGUAGCGCUAAUUUCCCAGGAUGGAACCCAACACGUCAACAUAUCUCAGGCAGAUAUGCAGGCCAUUGGAAAUACGAUCACUAUGGUAACACAAGAUGGCACCACUAUCACAGUCCCUGCCCACGACGCCGUCAUCUCUUCUGCAGGAACACAUUCUGUAGCAAUGGUUACAGCAGAAGGCACCGAAGGACAGCAGGUUGCCAUCGUGGCUCAAGACUUAGCAGCGUUUCAUAGCACCUCAUCAGAAAUUGGACAUCAACAGCAUGGGCACCAUUUAGUGACCACAGAAGCGCGGCCCGUCACGUUGUUGGCUACGUCCAACGGAACACAAAUUGCAGUACAGCUUGGAGAACAACAGUCUCUGGAAGAAGCCAUUAGAAUAGCCUCCAGAAUACAACAGGGUGAAACACCAGGAAUUGAUGAUUAACUUCUAAAACUGCUACCAGAACAAUAGAGUGAAAGGUAUUUUAUUUUCAAACAACAAAAGUCCAUGCCAGCAGCAAUCCACAAAAACUUUGAAGUUCCCCUCUCAUCGAUACUGUGUACACAUUUUAUGCAAGAGCAAAGAACGUUUUCUAAGCGUUGUGUACAUAACCCUGGGAAUGGACUGACAUCAUCUACUUCCAACUGUUGUACAUUCAGGAAGAUGGAAUUAGGAUUAUCUAGUAAAUUUCCUUGUUAUCCUUUCAUCAGAUUUCAGACUGGUCUACAAGCAAGUUAAAAACAAAACAGAAGUACUGGAGUUAAUUUCUAGUGUCAUGUACAAUAACAAAGGCAUUACUGAAUAUUUGAAGUGUUGCAAAGACUAUAACAAAAUCACAGUUUCAAGAGCCCUUACAAGUUAUAAAGAAGACAGAGCCUGUUCAGUUGUUUUCCAUAAAUGGAAAAGACGUGGAUUUUGAGCCUACUGUAAACCUUCAUACUUUGAUUCGUUUCAUACAGAUUUGAAUACUCUUUAGAUUACCCACCCCAUCUCAUUCAUUGUAAAUACAGAUUGUUAAUGCUGGAAGUGCUAAUUGUAUUAUCUUUAAAUUGGAUUGUGUACAAAGGAGAAACUUUGGUUGUUCAAUAUUAAAAUAAGUAAAUCUAAUGAUUUCGUUUCUUUACAUAUUUUACUUAAGAUGUUACUCUGAAAUUAUUAUGCAAUAAAAGAUAACAAGAUUGUAUUAUCUAGAUAGGAUGAUGUUGUUCUGUGACAUACUGUUUUACUUUUGGUGGGACAAGUGAAAUUAUUUAUUUAUGGCCUUGUAUAAUUUUUUUUCCAAAGUUUAUUUAUCAUAAAUCUCAAUUUUUAACUUACUCAUUUUGACCGCGGUCCACUGAAGUGUAAGAAGUAAUCAGUGCUAAGAGUUAUUUUCAGCAUGCUGAAGCACUACAGAAAUUGUUUAAAAGCAUAAUCAGUCAACUGAUUUUGAUUAAAAGUAAACUAGGAGUUUUCAAGAGGAAUAUGUUCAAACGGUGCAUUUGGGGCAUAAACACGUGUAUUAACAGUCUGUUUUCAGCAGUUCUGAGUGCCUGCACUACUGUUUGUUACCUACGAUGUGCUGAUAAGCAGUGAUUUUGAAAAUCAGGACACAAGUUAGUAGGAAAAAAAAGGAUUAAUUAAAGAUUAUGUAAGUACAGUGCUCCUCUCCACCUGCCAUUCUAUAAAGGAAAAAAAUUCAUUGUAGAUAAAUCUAACACGGACUGUAAGAUGUAACUUACAACUUUUUAUACAGAAAAAUGCCUUUAAUUGUCUUGUUAGUAAGCUUGUUGAGCAAGUUAAACUUCCUUGGCUCCCUGUAAGAUUCAGUGCUUGCUUUAGAUGAAUGUCGAGAACACUUCUGAAACUGAAGCCCCACCUUUAUCCUUCUCAAGGAAAAGAUUAAACAUCUUGGGGGUAAAAAGUCAAUCGAGUUAUCAUUUUCUAUGUCUUGUGAGGGGCUUGUUUUGCAUUUAAAAAAAAAAAAGUUAAUAACUAUGUGCUUGGAGGUAUUUGACAUCAAAAAGGCCACGCUGAAUAUAAUGUGAUUGACUACAUCGAUACGGGUUGCAGCUUUUUAUGCUUUUCAUACAGAUGGCCAACUGCAAAAUGCUGCGAGAGAACACAGUGCUGUGGGAUAAAGGUGGUCAAAACAGACCUUCAACAGAGCUGUUAGGAAACAAAACUUGAAAACGUUCAGGUUGUCUGCAACCUUCCUGUAGGAUUGAGGCUGUUUACUUACUUAGGUGCCAGAUUUCCUGAAAUUUUGAGUAAUUUUGAUGUCCCAUGGAGAUAAGCUGUACUAUGCAAAGAGGUUAAUUACAUGUCAACUAGAUCAGUUUCUUAGUUUUUACGACCUUUUAGAAAUUAAAGAUGUAUCAUUUGACAUGAAAGUUCAAGUUUUUUUCUUAAAUUUCAUUGCUAAUAGUUUUUGGAAACACUGGCUGGAAGUGACUGAACGAAGAAAUAACAGUGCCUCUCAUUUCCCAGGACACUUUCUGACCACUGUACAAAUGUGAGUAUUGCUUCUCCCUUCAUAGUAGUUAGUUUCCUGCUAGGUAUUAAAAACAUUGAUAAGGAAGCUUGAUAAGCUUGAUAAGGAAAAGCUGCAAAAUAUUUAGGUAAUGUUUCUUGUAUCUUACCAGUUGUUCUUGCAAAACACCCACCAAUCAAAGGUUGUGCUUCCCCCAUAGCUACCCCUAUAAAGGAACACAUACUUAAAUACCGAAUAAACAAGGCAGACUGACUUAGACUGUUUAGUCUUGAAAGAGAAGCAGAGAUGAUUACAUGCAUUUUCACUGGGAGUAUGUAUGUGUAACAGACUUGUUUUCAGAAUGGAGAGUCCUCUGCGAUUUUCUGCUGGUUUCCCAGGACUUGGAAGGGAACCUUCUUGUGAGCAUGCAUCACCACUGGAAGGUUCUGCAGUGGAGAUCACACAAGUUGAAAGUGGGUGAGGAAGGGAUCUUGGUGAAAAGGAUUCCAGGAGGAGGCAGCAAAGAACAUGCCCAGAAGGGCUGGGUGUGAGGCAGUAGAAAUCUCUUAGUUUUGCCAUAGAUUUUACUUCUCUUUUUGAAUGUUCUGUUUCAAAGGGAGCACUGGGAGAAGGAAUUGUAAAAGAGGGAUCCUAUGAAGUAGAACAGCCCUUCCUCUUAGAAACUGGCUCCCACAUUUCCAGCGUUCCCAGUCACAGUUUUCUUUCAGACUUGAAUUUCAGCCCUAACUCCUUCCUUACAGGAAAAAAACAAGCCAUCUCUAGACUUGGCAGUCAGCACUGGGGGAUUUGCUUUUCUUUACAGUAGUUCAGUGCCUCUCCAGAUAGUAAAAACAGAGAGGCAAUUAUUAGAGGUGCUCCAGGCUGAUGACCUUUUGUGCCAGAGGCAUUGUGCAUAACAAUGGGACAGUUUUUACCCUAAAGAGCUUAAUGCCAAAGCACACAUGAAUAGGCUGAAGCUGCAAGACUGUGUUUUUAGAAGAGUAAAUCCUGCAGCCUGACAACAAAGUUGUAGAAAGCCAUAAUCCCUGAUAGUAUAAGUAAUCUCAGCGACCAGUCAGCUGACUGAUACCAGAGAUAUUCAGGCACUCUAUGGCAGGAACAAGGACAUGUGAUGUCUGCCUAGCACACAACAGAAGGAGAAAGCUAAUAGUCCAGAUAAACAGAAUGUAGGAGCUUGGAGGGCAGCUUUUCCUGAACUUUACUCUAGCUCCUAACCUUCAUUAAACUGUGGGGAUGUUCUGGCUUCCCUGACUGUCAUGUUGUAGUAGAGUACUGAAAAAUCCCUGUGUGCUCCAUGCUUCUCAGGAGGCAGAGCUGAGAAGCUUUAAUCAGUUUCAACCACUAGGAAAAGACAGCAGAGCAAGGAUGUAAAGACCUGUUUGAACCCAGCAACUUAACAGCUGCAUACCUUAGGGUGACCACAGCUCCAGCUGAACCAGAAUGCAUAAGUGCCCUAUGAUGAACCCAUCGCAGUCACUUAGUUUGUCUUUGAAGGGUAGCAAUAAGAUGUGCAGCACAGAUUUCAGCAGUUUUCAUGUAUAGCACAAGUGAAAGUAAGAAUAGGGCAGGCAGGAAAAUUAUUUCUGAAGGGGCAAGCUCUGAAUUUCUAGAGAAAUGGAAAACCAGAAAUGAAGGGUACCUUGUAUUCUAUGCAGCUAUUUACAGUUGUUUGAGACUUCAGAAAUAUACUAUUUCACUCUUUCUCAUUUCUUUCUCAAAAAUAUACCAGAAUUAACACGUGCCUUGUCUGCACAGAUGCAAAUGCAUGAAUUCAUUUCCAGCAUGAAUUCAGACCCCAGCUCACUGUUGAUAAUAAUGUACUCCUAUUUUUGCAAAUCAGUAUGUAUUUGAAUUGUGGAUCUUCCAAAAGUAAAUUUUGCUCCAUUGGAUAAAAGCCUUCUGAAGUCUGAACCUAUAUGACAGGAGACCAAAAGCCUGUCUUGGUUACUGUGCCUUAAACAGUAAACUAUGCUCCAUAAAAUAAGUUGUAUAGAUC